CUUUACUUUUUCUAUGUUAUGUUCCAAUAAUUGGUGUAUCUGAUUUCGGAUGGUAUUUUAGCCGUUAACGAGACACGUCGUUGGAUGGAUAUGUCUCUCUUUCUCCGUUUGUCCGCGCAUAAAGCUUGAUUACUCAAUUUGAGAACAAUACAACUAUAGUUUUGUCGUAUUGUUCUCUUUUAUAAGUUCAUUCCUUUAUCAGAGAGAAUACAUUACUGGAUAUAUAAUAAAUAUAGAUUUGAUUGGAUGAUCCUAUUAUAUAGAAACACUACCUUACUGACAAGUUCAAGAAGAAGGAGUCGGAAAUUGAAUUAAACACUUCUUUGGUUCAGUUUCGAUUUUUUUUUUCUUUCUCUUUCUUUACUCUUAUUUUAUUAUUAUUAUUAUUAUUAUUAUUCAUUGACGUUAGUUCUUUCAUUCACAUAAUGACACAGCAACUUCGACCCAAAAACAACUUACAUUCUUUUAGAGCUAUUGCACCUUCUAUAGCACCUGCUACUUCAUGGAAUAUCAAUGAUUUGGAAAACCGAAAAAGAGAAAAUCCAGUGUCUAAUGAUUCCCCUGCGAAACACUUUCAUAAUAACUCAAGAGGUCAUUCCAAUACAACUUUUGACGCACCAGAUGGCAUGCAUGAGGUUUUGACAGCAGACCAAAAAGCAAGAAGAAAAGAACAAAAUCGAGCAGCACAAAGGGCUUUUCGCGAACGAAAAGAAAGAUAUGUUAAAGAAUUGGAAACCAAAAUAAAGUUAAUGGAAAAGGCUCAUGCAGAAGCUCUGUCGGCGGUAGAACUAGAAAAUCAAUCUUUACGUGAAAAAGUGGCACGGUUGGAACAACAACUGGAUCCGACGAAAAAGAAAGAUCAUGAUCAUGAUGUGGAUAUGACUACUUCGGCAUUAGAAGCAACUACCAUUAGUGGAAAGGAAUCUAUUCAACUGCAACAAAAACUGGAUUUUAACAAUGACAGUAGUGAAGAUAUGGAUAUGCAAUCAUCACCUACAUUUUCAACUUCUUUACCAACGACACCUUAUGCACCUUCAUCAGCAGUGGCAUGUAUUCGUGAUAAGGAUGGUAUCUCAUUUUGUGAACGAUUAAAGGAAGAAGUGUGUUCAUCGGCGUACAAUCAACUCUUAUCGGAACCUCUUUUUGAUGCCUCUGGAUCCCUGAAUGAAACGAUCACAAAACGACCAGUACCUAUUGUGACAGAUCGGAUGGAUGACACUAAUGAUGAUGAUGACGUUGAUGAUCAACACAAAUUCGAUAUGUAUGAUGAUCCUAUGUACUUUUUGGAUCGACUUACAGAAACCUUAUCAACUGAACGUUUCGACUUAUCUUCCCCUCAUCCUGAUACAUUGAUCCCUGAUGUCAAAUUGAUCCCUUGUUCUAAAGUAUGGAAAACUCUAUCAGCACAUCCAAAAUUUGAUGCCUUUGAUGUGGAUGUUCUUUGCGAUGAACUCAAGAAAAUUGCUAAAUGCUCUGGUACAGGACCUGUCUUUACGGAACAUGAAUUGGAACAAUUAGUUCUCUGGAUGGAAGAACGAACAAAUGAAAACUCCUAGUAUACAUAUAUAGUCUGUCCAUUUUAUUUUAUUUUAUUUUAUUUGUAUAGUUUAUCAUUUUAUUUAUGUUUUUUUUUUUAAUACCUUUCUUUUUCUUCAUUCAUUGUCA